ACAGAUUAGACUGAGUCAAAGCGUGUCAGAGACCAUUCCUGGUUCAAGCAGAUAAGCAAUUUUAUUAAAAAAAGUUGGUUUUACUUUUACCCAUACCUUGAACGUUGAACACAAAAAGAACUUACGGUUAUAAUUAAUUUAUAAUGAUAAUUAUGUUCACCUAAUAUCUGCAGUAAUUAAUUGAACUAGCUACGUUCUCCAAAAAUCAAAACUUUAUGUUCACGCUUUUUGGUCAAACAUUCUUUAGCAACUUUGAGACUCGAGACCAUCGAACUUGUCUUUAUGACACAGCAUCCAUCUCUUUUCAUUUAAUAAACAAAAACAAAUGUUUCUGUAAUUUACAUCCUCCCUCCUCUCAGCUCCAUAUCUACAAAGCAAACUAGAGAAGCUGCGUUAAUCUCAAGAAGAGCAAGGAACCCUCCUUUUGUUUCUUUCCAAACUGGUCUGAGAUGGUCGAGCCACUAGGACAGCUCCAGGUGACUGUGAUUAGAGGAAAGAAACUGGCGAUCCGAGACUUCAAGUCAAGUGAUCCUUACGUGAUAGUCAAGUUGGGAAAUGAGACAGCCAAGACCAAAGUGAUCAACAAUUGCUUGAACCCUGUGUGGGAUGAGGAACUGAGCUUUACACUCAAAGAUCCUGCAGCAGUUCUCUCAUUGGAAGUGUUUGACAAAGAUAGGUUCAAGGCAGAUGACAAGAUGGGUCAUGCCACUCUCAGCCUUCAACCACUCAUCUCAGUAGCCAGACUAAGGCAUAUAGUGCACGUCUCCUCUGGCGAGACAACGCUUAGGAAAGUGUUACCGGAUUCAGACAACUGCUUAUCUCGUGAGAGCACAAUCAGUUGCAUAGACGGAGAGGUGGUGCAGAGCGUGUGGCUGAAGCUGUGCGCUGUUGAAUCGGGUGAGAUUGAGUUGAAGAUCAAGCUGAUUGAUCCUCCUGGUGGAACAAAGGAUCAUUAGGGAUUAAUAAAUGCAGAUGUGUUGUGGUAUGUUAGUUUGUAGCAAGCAAUCCCUUUGUAUUAGUUAAAUUGCAACAUGUAUGGUCUUUUGUGAAACAGCUUUUAAGACCUUUGUGCCUUGUGGUAACUCACCAGCUAAUAAAUCUUGUCACCUUGUUUAGCAAUC